ACAACGUCACUUCCUUUCUGUGUGUCUUCGGUACACGUUCAAAGGCGCAAAGUGGGACGCCACGUAGUCUACACAUUACGCAAAGACACGUCAAACUGUGCCAUAAGAAUUGUUAAACUGUGGAAGAAGAGACUUUCUCAGCUGACCUUUGUUUCUGAAAGUCAUACGGAUAUUGGGUCCAUUUAAGGGGUGCGGAGAUUAUUGUAGCCUAUGCACUGCUAGUUGCUGGAAGUGUUUCCAGCGGAAGACAAGGAUCACGACAGUCAAGCAUAAAAGUUUUCUAUAACAUUGAAGGAAAAUGAGCCAAGUGCCUGAGGAGCAGCAGCAGCAGCAGCAGCAGCAGGAUGAAGCAUACCUCCAAGGUGAACCUGGCGAUGCCAGUAAGGGCCACCCCGUGCCCCAGCCCGGCAUGUUCUCACGAGUGGCUGGUGGGCUCUUCAGCGUCACUAAGGGCGCUGUCGGGGCAACAGUGGGAGGUGUGGCCUGGAUCGGUGGCAAGAGCUUCGAUCUGACCAAGACUGCCGUCACCUCAGUGGCCGCCGUCCCAGGCAUGGGGGUGGGGCUUGUGAAAGGGGGUGUGUCUGCUGUUGCCGGAGGUGUGUCUGCUGUUGCCGGAGGUGUAUCUGCAGUUGGCUCGGCCGUCGCCAGCAAAGUUCCUGGCGGAGGAGGAAAGAAGAAGGACAAGUCCGACUGAGUUGCCAGGCGGUGGCGGUGGAAAUCAUUUCUCUGGUUGAGGAAACUGCAGGGUUUUGCUGUUUUUUUUGUGGUGGGGUUCCGUGACCUGAACCACGAGUGUGUGUGUCCCUCUUCCAUUCACGGGUCACAGCCUCUCAAGACUGUGCCUUUGCAAGGGGUCUCCUGUUCCACAGCACAGGGGCCUCCUAUAUUUGCCUGUAAUAACCAGCACCUCAGACUGUUCGAACAUUACAUUGAAUGCUGUUGUAUUUUUAGCCAAAAGGUUCUUUAGAAACUGUGCCAUCUUCCAAACGUUGUUGUAAAAAAAUAUUGAAUGAGCCUUUCGUGGUUGUGGUUGAUGAUUUAAUAGCAUAAUUUAAUUUCCCUGUGUGUGAAGAACAUGAUGCAUAUAUAUCUUUCGUCUAUUUUUCUUUCUGUGGACUGUUCCAGGCUGUGCAGUCUGACACGGCUCUCAUGCAGUUAGUGUCUGCUCCAGGUGAGGGGCCGAUCUCUGAAAUCAGACCCAACUCCCUUCUGGGAACAAACUUGGGGGGCGGCUGCCUGGUGGGAGGUGUUGGCCGCUCUCCAUCUUCCUGAUUGAUUCCAUUGCGGAGAUUGCUGACUGGAUGUCUGCUGGCUCCCGCGGAGUGCCCUGCUGUCCGCUCCCUCACGCCGGGCAACUCCUCCACGUCUCUCCGGAAAAAGCACCACUUAAGUGCCGACACACAACGUCAUGUGUCAAACUCCUCUCCUUUUUUUGAAUCUUCUUAUCUGUAGCCAUAUUCUGAGACCUCCUGUACCUGAAUACGCCUUACUGUUUUCGUCCCUCCAGAAACUGAGAAAACUAUUUCACACAGGCAGUGCCCAUAUGAGCUAAGACUACUUAAAAGUAACCAUGCUGAAUAUUUCUUUGUCCUUUGGGCUCAGGAACACAGCAUUAUGUUUGCUAAGGGACUAAGUAGUUACACAAGGGAGCGCUCUGUGUGAAUUGGACUAAUUUUCUUGGCAGGGAGGAUAACCAGCUGGAAGAUCACUAGUGACCUAAAUGCUUUUCCACUUCAAUCAAGAAUAAGAGACUGAAAAUAUCAGUGACACUUCUUUGUCUGAGUUCCAUAAAUAAUCGCACAUACAUAUUUAAAGCCAAAGAACACGUUGGUUUAAUUACAUGAUGCCAUUUCAGUUGUUGGCUGUUUAAAUUACAUAUAUUUUUUUCAUAAUUUGAACACUGCCAGUAACACGUUUAUAUUUUGUAGGAAUUAUAUAUAAUAGUGUUUAUUUUCCUCUGUAUUUUGAUGUCUGUAUUCCUAAACAAUCGAAAGCAUCCUCUUGCAGUGGGAAAGAAAUGACCUUUCAAUAAAUGGAUGUUUUUGAUUGUGUACAAUGAAAGGAGGACCAUGCAGCCGAUGAUAGCCGCUGCUUUCAGCAGCUGAUGUACACAAGGGCUUUCUUGUGAAAAUGUGAAAGGUGGAAUCCCAUAAAAUAUUCUUCCAGUGCCUCAGUGGAAUAAAAUGAUGCAAAAUGUUAAAA